ACUGUACACACCUGUUUGUUUAUGUUUGUUGCUUUUCUGCUGACCGGCUGUCGGGUUGACCUUCAUUCGGCGUUCCGGGGUCACAAUUUGGGUUGGCAUGACAGUUUAGAUCUUGUACGCCAUGGCCAACAAAUCCGAAAAGAGACUGUUCCUUACGGGAGCCUCAGGUUUGUUAGGGAGAGCUAUCCAUCGCAUGUUCAAAGAUGCCGGCUGGAUCGUGUUUGGAACUUCUUUGACCAGAACUGGACCCGAAUUGAAUAAACUAGACCUCACAGACUUUGGAGCCAUAACAACAGCUAUCACCAAGUUUAAACCCACAUUUAUUAUUCAUUCUGCGGCACAGAGGUUCCCCGACAAAGUCAGUGCUGAACCAGAGGCUGCACGCCGUCUAAAUGUGGAUACAACUUUCCAUUUAGCUGAAACUGCAGAUAAGUACGAUAUACCACUCCUAUACAUAAGCACAGAUUAUGUAUUUGACGGUAGCAAUCCUCCUUUUAAGAUUGAUGACAAACCAAACCCUAUAAAUGAAUAUGGGAAACUCAAGCUCGAGGGUGAAGAAGUGGUCCUUGCUGCCAAUAAAGAGCACUUGGUCCUUCGUAUACCUGUUUUGUAUGGACCAGUUGAAAAACUUUCUGAAAGUGCUGUCACAUGUUUGCUGGAACCACUUUUGAAUGUAGCGAAACCAACCAAGGUCUCUGACUAUGAGAAAAGAUGUCCUUCUCAUGUGGAUGACAUUGCUGAUGUGUGUCUCAAUCUUGCUGAAUCAAGACUACAGAGUGCUGCUGUCAGUGGUAUUUUCCAGUGGUGUGGGUCUGAAGUCUUCACCAAAUUUGACAUGGUCCAGAUCAUGAGUGAAGUUUUCAGCCUUCCUGCUGCUCACCUUUCAAAGGCACCUGUUCCAAGUGAAGUUUCUAAUCAACCUGUCAGCCGCCCGUAUGAUACUCAGCUUGAUCGUUCUCGCCUUGAAUCUCUGGGCAUAGGUAGGCAUACACCCUUUGCAGCAGGGAUCCGCAGUGCAUUAGCAGCUUGGGUUUCAUAGAUUCUGAAUGCAUUCCUACACCACCUCAGUUUCACCUGACAAGUUCAAUUCUUUAGGCUUGUACCUGUUGAUAUGUUCAAAUUAGACAGCAUUAGAGAGGUGGGCCUAGAAGUAAUUUUAGAAGUUAUUUUUUAUAAAGUUUAUAUCAAAGGAAUUAUGAUUUUGGUGCUAUGAUUUGUUUUCCCACCGUCUUAUAGUUUACUUUUCUAGAGUUGAGUCUUUUCUCUUUUUGAAUGUUUAUUUAUAUUGUUUGGUGCAUGGGUAUUGCCACAUCCUACAUCCUGUGUGGCAAGUUACAUUUUAAAAUAUUUUUGAAUGACAGACAUUUUAAUCUGUUCAGCUAGA